AACUCUGUGUCGUACAUGGAGCGAUGGGGACAUGGCAACGUGCUUUUACGAUAAUUCAAGAAACACUUUUCAAUCUCUUGAUAUUCUCACUUUCAGCGAUUCUUCUCGUAUCCGUUGAUCCAGAUGGACAUUAGAGAUGCGUAGACGAAGACAAUUAAUGGUGACAAUUCGAUGACAUUUCAUGCAAAACGAUUUGGAAACGUUGGAUUUACUUUAACGAAGAUGGAGGUACAUACUUUUCACAACUUCCCAUUUUCCUGUAUGAGGUUUGAUGGUCCCUCCUUGAUGAUUGUUUUGGCGAUGACUUCUCCUGAAUUGCUGCAUCAUCGAUGGCAACGUCUCCGCAUCUUAUCAUAUUUAGAUAACAAUUCUCAUAUUGACAUCAAAAUGCAGAGAGCGGUGCUACUGCUCUGUUGGCUGCCGCUCCUCAACCACUGCCACGCCGUAAAUCCAGGUUGCUCUUGCGUCGUCUACAGCAGCUCGGACAAACCUCAAGGUGGCACGUUCACAUCCCCUUAUUAUCCCAAACGAUAUCCGUCAAAUAUCGAUUGCCUGCUUUACACGUUUAUCGGUCAACCCGACGAAAUCGUCAAGCUGACGUUUCAUCAUUUCAAUAUCCGUCGUAUUCGAUCCGAACAAACCUGGGUCAACAUUCUAAACUGCGUGGGUGGUGACUUUCUAAAGGUGUUUCUACAUUUAGAGACCAACGGUGUUUCCGAAUACACCCCUUGGACUGGUGUGCUCUGCGGCGAUCUACAUGACAUCCCGCAGGUUCUAUACAGUUCAAGAUCUACGCUUAUUUUAGAGCUUCACACACAGGGACCUCCGUCUAAUGCGACCGGCUUUUUUGGGAAUUUCCAAUUCAUCGACAGACAGUCCGUAGAACCAUACUUUACUGUUAGUUCAACGGUAAAGGUGAUGUUUUAUGUGGAGAUGCCUUGUGUUUUGAACACAAAAAUAGGAAUUAUUAGAGUGGGAAAUGUAUAA